CCCUUUGAAAUAGUUACCAACAAAACUUGCUGCGUUCAGCAAUUGUAUGGGGUGUAGGACUAAAUAUUCCUUCCUAUUAUAACUAUUAUGUUACCAAAUCAAGAGGACAUUGAUACAUGUUGUGUUGUUCUCAUUGUGAAGUCAUUUCUUCGCCUAUGCCUGGCCAGAACUAGCUGUGUUAUCUUCGCUUGUUUAAAUCACCACAAUCACCUUUUACGAUUAACAGUGACCAGUUGAUAUGGAUGAAGCAUCGCGCGAGGAUAUACGACUUUCUCGUUCUCCUAAUAAUCAGGUGAAUGAGUGCAAAUUCUCGUGUCACUAUGUCAACGACUUCCAAACAAUCCUCCGAAGGUAUAAAGAGGAUAUCAUGGAAGAGAAGGACAAACUGAGGCCACUGGACGAUGGAGGCUUCAACUGCAAAACUACAAAAUCUGAACGCAUUUAUCCAUUGGAUAUAUUAGCGAAACUGAAAAAAUUAAUUAGUUUUUUUGAACAGCUCGGCGAAUGCGCUGUACAGCACUUGACCUAUCAUGCUGGACCUGAAGAACCUACAUGCAGACAAGCUCGGUUAAUAUCAGAAGAAUCCUUGAUAGCGUUCGAGGAGAGUGGCGGUGAUAGUGAGAGCGAUGACAGCUACAGCCGUUUAAGGAGCAGCUGUGCUCACAUGAAGAGCUUUGAAAAAGUGUUGACCAGGGCUAAUGAAGAUUUUGACAAGUACUUGAGUUAUUUGAAACCACAAGCCAACGAAACUGUUAAUUGCGUCAGGAACACCAGCCAGGUCAUAGUCGUUGAGGAGUUGUCCCAGAUGUUAACUGAUGCCAAACAUUUAACACUUGUCGCCAUGGCCAGCUUUAAGAACCACUUAAACAUUCACUCCCUUUGUGAAUCAUAACAGUGUGCCGUUAACGUAUUGUAAAGCUGUGUUACUUCAAUGAUCCAUAAUCUCACAGAGCUAAGUAUUUAUGGUCAACUUUUGGAAUCAAGAAGCUUAUCGUAAAAUCUCCCAAAAUUCAUCUGCUGGAGAAUCCAAAAAUAUUGCCUUGAAAUAAUCAUCUGAUUGUAUUUCAUAAGAAUGUCUUAUCAUUUAAGAAUAAUCCGGUUACAUCGUUGACCGGUUAAUCGGACCAGCCGGUUAUUCGGACCAAAUUUCCACUAUAUAUAUAUAUAUAUAUAUAAAUAUAUUUUUUCUUCCUUUAUUUGUUAGCUUUACUUUUCGGCUCUUUGGGUGUCUUCAGUGAGUCUAGUCUGGAAAUAGAAACUCCAAAGUCAUCUCUAUUGAGACAUUGCUUAGCGUCAACUCUUUUUGUUGUAUUCGGUGUGUGUGUGUAUGUGUAGAAUGUGUUACAAGAUGGGCUGAAAUUUUAGGGGGGGGGGGUGAGAAGGGAAUUACUUUGCCCCUUCCCCCUUUCAUUGUCCUGACUCGCUGCAUGUCUGCUUAACAUACUUGUAAAAAAAGAAAAGACUUGAGCAGGUUUAUAUGAGAUCACGAGAUUAACACAUCUUACAUAACACAUCUUGCAUAACACAUCUUAUAUAACACAUCUUACAUAAUACAUCUUACUUAACACAUUUUACAUAAUACAUCUACAGACUUGUGCAUUUCAAAAUGUAAAAAAUCUAUAUAUACAGUUCAUAUCAUCGAAGUAUAGUGCUAGGUAUACCCACUUUUCAAGCGUGAGACCGAAGUUCGAUUUCCCGCCGGCGAUGAAACUCUUAUUGCAUAAGAGCUUACGGCUCAGCAGCAGACGAGAAGAGGAAGAGACAGUAGAUAAAACUCACAGCAAAAAUCGGGUCUUAAACAAAGACAUCAUAUGCCGACACGACCACUUAAUGAGGUUGUAACGAGCGUCAUAUGAGGUUUGCGGGACAUGUCCUCCGACAGAAUGAGUUAUGUAUACCUGGAGUUGCAUUGGCAUGGCGGCCAAUACCGGGUGCGUUCUCGUAUAACUUGGCGUUGCACUUUCAUGGAGGAUCUCACCAGGGGGGAAAGAACUUAAGACAUUGCCUGUGACAGAUCUUCACAGAGAGUGCUUGCCAACCUAUGCGCAGGGUGGUGCGGGAGAAUCGAAGUCUAGGAGUUGUGCCUACUUCUGUAUGACAUCUCGGACUUGAAUUUAUUUGAGUGGCUCUCGCUAAACGUUAUGUCGUCCCCAGGAUGUAUGAUUUGUGCGCCCACCCUGUCGCAUUAUUAAUAUUAUGAUUAUUAUUAUGAUUAUUAUUAUUCUAUGUUUUAUUAUUUCCCUUCACUGUUUGAAAUUUAAAAAUUUUGGAAAUGAGGUGGUACAUUUUUGACGUAAAUUUAUCACAAUUACCACACACUGUAGAGAAUUAAUAAUUUUUUUUUUAUAAAAUUAAUGAACGUUACAUUUUUGGUCUUGGAGAUUAUUCAUUAUUUUGUUUUCCUUUCCUUUUUUCUUUGCGUCAUUUUUUUUACAUUUCUUUAUCAAAUGUCUAGAGUUUAGAAUGUGUCCAGCAUAAGUUUUGAUCAGCCAUAUUUACAGUGAUCAAGUGUUUUGUUUUCAUCACUAUAUUAGAUACAAUAUAAAUUGACGCUAUACUUCAUGUUAUUAUUUGUUUGCUAAUGUUUAAUGUAUCAAUUUUACUUACAAUGUAAUAUUUUGUAUUAUCGUCAAAUACUAAGUACUAGGGACAAGUUGAAGGAUUAGUGAAAAAUGAAUGUGUAAACAAAUGUCUCGCUAAUACAUGUAUAUGUUACUAUUUUAGUUUUUUGUUCAAAUUUGUUAUGAUGAACAUCAUAUCGCUUCCAACACAUUUCUAAACUAUUUAUUGUACAAAAGUCAGGUGCAUGCACCACAGUCUCCACCUCUAAGUCACUAGAUCAAGCAACAAAGUAUCUUUGAUCACUUAGUUUCUACAAGAUCACUCAGAACUUUAUUGUCAGUGUUGAAAACUUGCUUACUAAGGAGUGCUGAAGGCUCGAGCAUUUAGCUCCGUAUGUAAGUGUAUAGGGUUAAAAGAGAACAGUGAUUGCUUAUGACAAUCAUUUGAAUGUAGUUGGUUCACAUUAGCAUCAAGUCAUUAGAACGAAUGUUUAUUCCUAGCAUGUGGAGUGGAGUGACUAUAGUGAGACUAUAGUGAGACUUUAGUGAGACUAUAGUGAGAAAUAGAAACUUACUCUAAGAGUAGUGUGUACAAUAAAAGAUAUUUCUCGAAAACA